UUUCCUCUAUUUCAGUCACUUAAUUAAAUCGAAGUCUCGACGGCGUGUCCAGCAUUCGCCACGUUACGGACUCAAACAUCAGUCUUCAAGUCUCAGCAGUCGUUGAAGUUUUGCUGCUUACUUUAGCCUAGCCUAGCUGGCCGACCGCUAACAAAGCUGCAAGGCACAUCGUCAAGCAUCCAGAAAUCAAGUGAGGAAUUUGUUCGCGAGAACUACACCGGCUGCAGAAAAGUUGCAGGAAGAACUUUGUGGAGUAAACGAGGAGCCCUACGUCACCAAAACUCGACUGUGUGCAAAAUAAUGCACGCAAAGGUUGUUCUUCGCAGACUAGAAGGUGUCAGUCAAGUGCAUCGUCCUGAACACCAGGAGUCUGCUUGCAUGGAAGAAGAGGAGGAGGAAGAGUCGCCAUACGUCGAGAAGGUGGAGGUGGAAUUCGUCCACAUUAAAAAGUAUUUCAUUGGAGUUGAGAAUCCCCACAUUGAGGAGCAGCAGCGACCUCAUCCCCUCAAAAAGGAGGAGGACAACCCGCCAUAUGUUAAAGUGGAAGUUGUGGACAUCCCCAAGUGGACUGAUGAGACCUUGAUGGGUGAAGAUGAAGGUCCGAGUGAGGCCAGCACAGGGGCGGAGCCUCUGAGUGGCAGCAGCAGUUCAAAAGAAGGAUUCCAAGCAGACAACCUCAUCGCUCGACCAUCAGAGAAUGAAGACUUCACAUCACACUCGGUGUUCUGUGUCGGAAAAUAUAGAGAAUCGCAUGGCGUUAAAGAGGAUGUUGAGCUUCCCCAAAUCAAAAAGGAGGAUGAGCCAAAGCCCUGUCAACAGAAGCAGCUUCCAAUCAAAAAGGAGGAGGAAGAGCUGCAAUAUGGGAAAGAGGAGGAAGAAGAGGAGCAAAUCACCAGGUUGACUGGUGAGCCCUUGAAGAGUGAAGAUGUUUCGAGUGAGGCCAGCAGAGGGGUGGAGCCUCCAAGUGGAGGCAGCAGCAGUACCUCAACAGAAGGAUUGCAAGCAGACAUUUUCAUCGCUCCGUCAGAUAGAAAUAACGCCACAUCAAGCUCACCUUACAAUGUUGCCGGUCAAAAGAAAUCUCACCGUGAUGACAAACUCUGCAAAUGCUCUCAGUGUGGGAAAACCUUUGCUAAUAACUAUAGUUGCCGUAGGCAUAUGACAACCCACUCUGUUGAGAGACCUUUUUCCUGCUCAAUUUGUGGUCAAAGAUUCCGUUCCAAGAGCUACUUUAAUGUGCACACAAAAAUGCACACUGGCGAAAAACGUUUUUCCUGCUCAGUUUGUGGUAAAAAGUUCAGUAAAAAGAGCAACUUGAAACCACACGCAAGAACCCACACUGGUGAAAAACCAUUUUCCUGCUCAGUUUGUGGUCAAGGAUUCGCUCUAAAACAAACCUUAACAAGACACAAAAGAACCCACACUGGCGAAAAACCUUUUUUCUGCUCAGUUUGUGGUCAAGGAUUCGGUCGCAAGAGCGCCUUAAAAAUUCACGCACGAAUGCACAUUGGAGAAAAAUCUUUUUCCUGCUCAAUUUUUGGCCGAAGAUGUGCUCGGAAAGAAGACUUGACAGGUCAUACAAGAACCCACACUGGCGAAAAACGUUUUUCUUGCUCAGUUUGUGGUAAAAAAUUCAGUAAAAAGAGCAACUCAAAAACCCACGCAGGAACCCACACAGGUGAAAAACCUUUUUCCUGCUCAGUUUGUGGUCAAGGAUUUGCUCUAAAAGAAACCUUGAAAAGACACGAACGAACCCACACUGGGGAAAAACCGUUUUCUUGCUCAGUUUGUGGUCAAGGAUUCUCUCAUGAGCAGAACUUCAAAGUACACACAAAAACCCACACUGGCGAAAAACCUUUUUUCUGCUCAGUUUGUGGUAAAAAAUUCAGUAAAAAGAGUAACUUAAAAACCCACGCAGGAACCCACACUGGUGAAAAACCAUUUUCUUGCUCUGUUUGUGGUCAGGAAUUUGCUCUAAAAGAAACCCUAAAAAGACACAAAAGAACCCACACUGGCGAAAAACCGUUUUCCUGCUCAGUUUGUGGUCAAGGAUUCUCUCAAAAGCAGAACUUAAAAGUACACACAAGAACCCACACUGGCGAAAAACCUUUUUCCUGCUCAGUUUGUGGUCAAAAAUUUAGUUGCAAGAGCAACUUAAAAAAACACACAAGAACCCACACUGCUGAAAAACCUUUUUCCUGUUCAGUUUGUGGGCAAAGAUUCAGUGACAAUAGCUCCUUAAAAAGACACACAAGAACCCACACUUCUUUCCGGGGACGUGGUUUCUUGCCAUUACAGAUGAAAAAUGAUAUUUAUGAGUCAUGUUUCUUAAAUUAAGCACCGGGGAUGAGCACGGGAAGAGUCUGAAACUGUACAGAGAGAUUUUGCGGUAACGUCUCGGUCAGAGUUCGUGGAAGGAGCUCAGUUUUAUCCAAAUUUGAUUUAUAACCAGGGAUUUCACCAAAUUUGGCGAAAAAGCUCCAAAGCACGGUUAAUCGAUGUUUCGGCUUUGUAGAUGUCGAGCAGAAGAUAAUCAGCGUACAGGGAAACGUUAUGUUCCAUGUUAUAUCUUAUGAUGCCUUGAAUAGAAUGGUCGUUCCUUAUGGCCGCAGCCUACGGUUCAAUGGCUAGCACAAAAAGGGCUAAUUCGAUGAAAAUAUUUCCAAAAAGAAUUUGUUUUCAAUGAUCCCCUUUAAACCCACUCAAAAAUGUUUUCAAGACCAAGACUCAGCCGUCACAAAAUUCUAUUUCAAGAGCAAGAAAAACAGAAUUAGCCUUGCCAACUUGCAGAGAAAUAAACCAGAGGGGGGCUUAGAUGCCCCCAAUGGCGUAUCGCAAGCAAAACGUCACUUCCGCUCAUUAAUAUUCAUGAUAUUAGCUACUGUUUCUAAGGGGGGGACACGC